AUGUCUCUCGCCCAGCACGUAACCCAGACUGAGGGCUUCGAUUACGAAGGCCCAGCGAAUCCCAACUACGAAGGCCCGAGUCAUCCGAGUGUUUCCCCUGGCUUCGGAACGGGAAACAUUCUUGUUCCUGGGGAUGAAUGCGACCAAAGCGGUGAUCGAUCAGAAUGGCGACGAUUGAGUUUUGCGCCCGUUGAGGUUGCUAAAAAAUUGCCCAACAUCGCGGCUUACAACGUCUCCAACCUCAAGCGCUACAUUCAGGUAGCGACUGGUAUAAUUGCAUGUUGGUUUGCAGCAGGUAUUGUCUUCGGUUUCGCCGCCCUCAAGCCAAUUCUCGUCAAGGAGGGCAUCUAUUCCGAACUCUGCCCCGUGGUGGACUACAGGAUCCCAUGCGCUGAGCAGGACAUGCGCUUGAACCUUUUGUUCAUCUCUGCUUCAAUCUCUGCGAAUGUUUCUUCUCUUUUGGCUGGCACUGUCCUUGAUCGCUUUGGUCGACGAGUUUGUUGGCUGGUCUCGAGUGUUCUGCUCACCCUCGGUUCGUUGAUGAUGGCCAUCUCAUUCUCGCAUCCCGGCUUCCACGGAUACCUCAUUGGUAACAUCCUUCUCGCUUUCGGCGGUACAUUUAUCUUCGUUUCUAGUUACCAACUUUCGAACGCGUUCCCGAAAUAUUCUGGACUCAUUGUCGCGCUCGUCACCGGCGCAUUUGAUGCCUCGGCUGCAGUGUUUUUGUUCUAUCGCAUGGCUUAUGAAGCAUCCGGUGGAUCAUUUUCGCUCGACAAGUUCUUCUACGGCUACAUUUCCGUCCCGGUAGCCAUUUUACUGGCUGAAUUCCUCUGGAUGCCAGCGCACUCGUACCAUACCCUUCCGCAACUUGAGAUCAAGAUCGAGCACGCUCAAGACCGCACUCGCGAUGUUCAGGAAUCGGACGAAGAGAUCGAUGAUACAAAUGAACUCACCCGCAUUCGAAGUGCUAGAGCCGGCCAUAGAAAAGCCAAGCUUGAGAAGAUUGAGGAACUCGCUGGUGAUAGCCAAGAACGAGGCGAACGCGUCAAAGAAGAGGAGGGCCGACAGGAAGCCAGCGGUGUCUGGGGUGUUCUCCACGGGAUGCCAGCCCACAAGCAGAUGAUGACGCCUUGGUUCAUCCUCAUACUUGUCUUGACCAUCCUCCAGAUGAUCCGAAUGAACUACUUCAUCGCCGGUGUCAGAUCGCAGUACCGAUACAUGUUGGGCUCCGACAAAGCCGCUGAGCGUAUCAAUGAGUUCUUCGAUGCUGCCCUGCCUAUCGGAGGCGUUGCUGCGACGCCGUUUAUUGGAAUAUUGCUUAAUAACCUGAGUGUGCCUACCACCUUUGCUGUUUUGACGGUGUUCAUCAUCGUGAUUGGCGUCUUGAACUGUAUUCCGAACAUCAUGGCUGGAUACUUCACAGUCGUUGCUUUUGUCUUCUUCCGUCCUCUAUACUAUUCUGCCGUCUCUGACUACGCUACCAAAGUCUUUGGCUUCGCUACUUUCGGUCGCAUUUAUGGUACCAUCACUUGCGUCUCUGGAAUCACGCAGCUCAUUCAGUCCGGACUCGAUGCCCUCACGCAUGGCCCACUCCACAAUGACCCAACACCUGUCAACGCGACUUUGGGUGCCGUUGGAGCUCUUGUGGGUCUUAUUCUGACCAUCUUCAUCACCGUCAAGGGUAGAGUCUUUGUCGAAAAGAAGGUUGAGAUGGAGGCCGAUGGUGAGAGAGAACGGCUCUUGUCAGAUGCUCAGAAUGGGUAUGGAACAAGUCACUGA